AUGACCUUUUCUGCCGUUGGAAUGGCCAAAGGAGAACAACGGGCAGAUCGAGGAUCCCGGCGACAGCGUGAUACGAAUGGCAAUACACAAAUGGCCCGGGAUGCUGACACUGACCCCGCGGAUAGCGGAUCGACCAAGAAACGAAAAAGGACAAUCCCAACCGAUAAGAAGUUUGAGUGUAAACAUGAGGGAUGCGGGAAAAGCUACUCCAGAGCGGAGCAUUUGUACCGUCAUCAACUCAACCACACUCCCAAGCAAAUCUAUCGAUGUGAUUUCCCAGACUGUCAUCGGUCGUUUGUGCGACAAGAUCUCUGUGUCCGCCAUCGGGAGCGACAUACAACGAACGGAUCGCAACUGCAAAGACGAGACAGCUUCGCGCAGACGGCCACAUCCGGACCAUCGCAACCGUCGUUCCUGGCGGACACUUCUGUCAGUCCCGGAAUCAGUCAUCCAAACCGUCCGGCGACCCGAACUAGUUAUCGAACGACGGGAUCGGCUAUCUCUGGAUCAGUGGAAUCUUCGUAUCCUCCUCUGACCCCUCAAACAGGAUAUGGAAGCUCUGAUUUGAGUGCUAAGCGAUCGAACAGCGCCAGCACGUAUUCCAUGAAUUCUCCCAAGGUGCACCCUACCACCUCGUAUAGUCCCCCAAAUCCAUCCGCCAAGUAUAGGUCAAUGGGCACUUCCGCUUACCAUGGCGCCGCGUUCAGUCCCAGUCAGCUACAGCAACGUUCCGAGUCAGCGAGAGUGAUGGGUCAGGAUCAGACGUUAACAGCUUCUUCCGAGUCUACAGGUACUACCUUUCCAAAUAUAAUCUCUGUGGACACGACCACAUACGUCUCUCACCAGCGCCCACCUGGGUACUCGACGCCGGGUCUAGCAUCGCCCGCAAGUGCAUCGUAUGGAGCGGCUGGACUAAGCAGUUUCGAUCCGGUCACCGGCAUUGUGGCGCCUGAUCCUAGUGCUGCGGAACAUGCGUUUGAUCCUACGGGAUCUUUUGCCUACCCGGUCUUUGGAGGGGAAACGUAUAAUAGGUCUCCCUUUGCCAUGGCGGAUGACUUUGCAGCUUGGCUUUUCAACGGAUCUGCGACAAAUCUAUCUCCCGUCACAUAUACGGCCCCAUCAGGAGUCAUACCUGGAUAUUCGGAUCCAACGCAGUUUCAGAAUUCCUACCGUAUCAAUGAUACCGCGUACAGCAACUAUCUCACAAGCGUGAUCCCGCAGCAUCCCAUGAGUGUCACGAGCAUAUUGGAUUCUGGACCUCCCCAGGCGAUCAUGUCUGAGGAGAAACGGCAGGAACUGCUGCACCUAAUGAUCACGCGUUUCAACGAACCCGCUCACUCAGCCGUGAGUAAACGGAAAGAUGCUCUGCUGGAAGGUAAUAUGGAUGAAGACGGCCACGUUCUAAGUCUUCGAAUGAUGCAGACAUAUAUCGGUUCUUACUGGUACCACCUGCAUCCACAACUACCAAUUCUACAUCGACCGACUUUCACCGCUGACACCACACCCACUCUCCUCCUCCUGGCAGUCAUGGCGAUCGGAGCAUCAACGCUGGAUAAAGCGCACGGUGCAGAAGUCACAGAGGCUGCGGCAGACUUGGCAAACUUUAUAGCCUGGCAUCUGCGGUGGGAGAUCUUUAUGGAUGGAGACUUCAGACCCCCAGCUAAGUUGUGGGUGUUUCAGACGUUGCUGCUUCUCGAGAUAUACGAAAAGAUGUUUUCGACCCGGGCACUGCAUGAACGGGCCCACAUCCACCACGACACCACCUUGACGCUGAUGCGACGAGGUAGCUCUCUUAUCGGAAGGUCAGCCUUUGAUUCCCCAUCCAGUGCAAGAGAGGAACGUCAGGGCCGUUCCGGGACUGGAUCUACACCGGUAUCUGAAGAUGGACCCGAAGAGUCUUGGGCGCACUGGAUCAAGGCAGAAGCAACGCGCAGAGUGGCUUUUGCAGCAUUUGUUCUGGACUCAACCCAUGCCGCUAUGUUUGGACAUUCCGCUAAGAUGGUCGCCCAUGAGAUGCGUCUGCCUCUACCAUGUGACGAAGCCUUGUGGUCAGCCACGAGUGCUGCUGAAGUGGCACGGAUGCAAUCGAGCCUCAAUGCGAACGGGGUGAAACCGACGAUGUUUCUGGACGGACUCAAAAAGACGCUUAACGGGCAGACGGUGCGGACCAACCCCUUUGGACGGACGAUUAUCAUGGCCGGACUGCUGAGCGUCAGCUGGCAUAUGAAUCAACGAGACCUGCAGGUCAGCUCCCUCGGCGUUACCCAAGCGUUAGGAGGCCGAGACAAAUGGCGAUCGUCUCUCUUGCGGGCAUUCGACCAUUGGAGACAUGACUUCGACCAAGCGCUUGCCCAGACAGCGCCCACAGCUGCCUUGAACGCAUAUGGGCAACGGUUUCCGAUGGACGAUGAAAACACAUUCGAAGCUCGUACCGUGCUCCACCAUCUCGCCCACAUGGCAUCCCACGUGGACAUUGUGGACUGUCAGAUCUUUGCGGGAGCUGGACGGCUGCUUGGGCGGUCCAUUACUCCAAAGGAUUACAGCACCGCGCGGGAAAAGAUGACGGAGCGAUGGGCGUCAAAGGCGUCAGCACGGGAUGCGACCUUUUACGCGUUGAAGUUCCUCUCUCAAUGUCUUUUGACGGAGGAGUGCUAUUCUGCGCGGGAGGAUUUCCUGCUUAAUCGGCCAUGGGUGCUCUAUUUUGCCGGGCUGGUGGUGUGGUGCUACGGAUAUGCGCUCGAUGGGCCAUUGGCGUCGUCGACAAUGCUAGCGACCCCGGAUGCUCAGCGACGGGACAUGCGGGAGUUCCUCGAGCGUGUGGGCGGCGUGCGCGAACCGAGUGAUCUCGAGACGAUCAAAGGUCGUAAUCGAUGCCUCGGUUUACUGAUGACCCUGCGCGAGACAUUUCAGCAUACUCGAUGGGAACUUUUACACGAAGCAGCCAAUCUGCUGGACAGCUGCAUCGAGAAGCUGCAGAUGGCGUCCGCGGGAAAGCCGUAG